UUCCAAAGUCCAUUUCCAUUUAGUUGAAUUAAUUCCCCGUGGCCAGCCGAAGAUGGAUCCGAUUCGAUCGAUUAAUGCCCGCACCGCUUUGGUCUCCAUUGAGGCCUGACUAAUCGUGUAAUGGCCCGAAUAUAUAAGUGCUGCCUAAUUGAAAAAAUAUCCCAGUGUCCCAGUGGAUAAAUUGAAACAAGAUGCGUGAGGUGCUCAUCCGAAGCUGCUACUACCGAGUGCUGCUGCUGCUCUUGGUGCUUUGCCCCAUGACAGGGGCAUGGCGAUCUUUCAAGGUGAUCCUCACGAGCAUCGAGUUCGAGGCCAAUGCCAAAAUCGCGGACCUCAACAUGCAGCUGCACAAUGACUCCGGCGACUCGAGAGUCAGUGUGGACGUCACCACUCAUGUGGACCUCCCGGAUGUCCAGUUAUCGAUCAAUGUGGGCCUGGAGACGGACAAGGGCAGCUUCUCGCCUCUGAUCAACCGCACCGUCAACUUCUGCAAGAUGAUGAAGCAGCGCAGCACGGAUCCCCUGAUGCGGGUCAUGUACGACGAUCUGCUGAAGCACGGCAAUAUCUUCAAGGAGUGCCCCAUCCGGAGCGGCACCUACAGCCUCCACAACUACAAGGUGGACGAAGAGAUGCUGCCCAGCUUCCUGCCGGAAGCCAAUUUCAUGUUCGUGCUCCUCAUCCUCAAGCCCAAGAACGAGAAGAUCUCGCGGACUACCAUAUACGGUCGCAUUGACAAGUCCAAGGGAUUCGACAACCUCAAGAGGUUCAGCCUAGGCUGAGAAAUGUUAUGCGAGAGAAGACAGA